AUGGAGCAAAAAGAUAAAGAGAAACAGAUGAAUUUUGAACUUGAAAUUAGGAAAAUAGAAGCUGACAAGGAGGUGAGGAUCCGACAACUGGAGCUAGAUGCUGGCUCCAGUGCGACUACACAAGCUGCUCAUCAUCAAGCCCACUUCGAUGUGAGUAAAAACAUAGCUUUAGUCCCUCAAUUCCGAGAGUCGGAAGUUGAUUCUUAUUUCUCUGCGUUUGAGCGUGUGGCCGCUGCGCUGCAUUGGCCACUCGAGGAGAACAAGCUGGUCAACAACCUAUCCAAAUCCUAUGAGACACCGGGGCGACGCAAGAAGGUGAUUGAAUGUCAAAAAGAAGACACCAGUCUUCGCAAGUGUUUUGCUUCGGUCUCCAGUCCGUAUCAUCCAGAGAGUCAAGGGGCUCUAGAACGCUGGCAUCAGACGCUGAAGGCAAUGCUACGCAAUGCCCCAGUGCUUGCCGCCCCCAACUUUGACAAACCUUUUAAAUUGGAGGUAGAUGCUAGUAUAGUGGGGGUGGGUGCGGUUCUCUUACAGGAAGAUGAAGACGGAGUGGAUCGGCCCGUCAGUUUCUUCUCCCGUAAGUUCAACUCGUGUCAGUCAAGCAUGCAAAGCAGGGCGCAGAUGCUGUCCAUGGCUGGAGGUGGUGAUGGGGACACGAGGCCCAUAGACCGGCCGCCCAGCAUCGAUUGCCCCUCGGCUGCCCCUCCAUCGCCGGCCGCCCAUCCACCCUCCAGCCACACGCAGCACUUGUGUCCCGGGAAACCAGCGCUAGCCAUAUGCAGGGCAGGGGGCCUGCUGCUGCACUCACAAGACCCCCCUCCAGCACUGUCUGCAUCAGACACAUGUGUGCCCCUGCAGGACACGUCCAUCUCCCUGCAUCAUCCAUCAUCCCAGAAAAACAGCCAUAAAGACGGGAGACACGGGGGCUCGUCCAACAGACCCCUGGUCUCCAUGGUGACACGUUCCAGAACACGUGGUGACAAAAUCGUGGAUGUCAUUGAUGUUGCCAGACAGGCAGACAGCAAAAUGAAGCUUCGAGAGUUUGUCAAGUAUUACUACAAACCUCAUCGGCCAAAGGUGCUGAACGUGAUCAGUCUGGAGUUUUCAGACACCAAGAUGGCAGAGCUGGUGGUGGUGCCUGAUAUCGCUCAGAAGAUGUCCUGGGUGGAGAACUACUGGCCAGAGGACUCCUUCUUCCCCAAGCCCUUUGUUCAGAAGUACUGCCUGAUGGGGGUGAAGGACAGCUACACAGACUUCCACAUAGACUUCGGAGGCACAUCUGUGUGGUACCAUGCACUCUGGGGAGAGAAGAUUUUCUACUUGAUCAAACCGACCCAGGAUAAUCUUACACUAUACGAGGUGUGGAGUUCGUCCCCCAACCAGAGCGAGGUGUUCUUCGGGGACAAGGUGGACCAGUGCUACAAGUGUGUGGUGCCGCAGGGAACCACCGUCCUCAUCCCCACAGGAUGGAUCCAUGCUGUUCUCACCUCUCAGGAUUGCAUGGCGUUCGGUGGGAACUUUCUCCACAACCUCAACAUAGGCAUGCAGCUCAGGUGUUAUGAAAUGGAGUGGCGGUUAAAGACUCCGGACCUCUUCAAAUUCCCUUACUUUGAGGCAAUCUGCUGGUAUGUGGCCAAUAAUCUACUGGAGACUCUAAAAGAGUUACGAGAGGAUAACUGCCGGCCCCCAGUCUACCUAACAGAUGGAGUGAAAGCCUUAAUUAAUGCACUGAAAAACUGGCUGAAACGAGAGGUCACAGAGCAGGCCAGCGAUGUCCCGGACCAUAUCAGACCCAACCAUCUGAUUAAAGAACUCACAAAGGAAAUCUGCUACCUGGAGGAGCAGAGUGGAGGUAGCAAGCCAGUGAAAUCUCAGGGAUGUGGACCAUGCCCACUGACGCGGUCGACUCUUGACAAGGCCGGACAUCAUGCUCGCAGGACAGCCAGACGGCUACGGCAGCACCACCACCAUCACCAUGCGCCCAAGACCCCCUCCAACCUGGAGAUCCUGGAGCUGCACACGCGACAAGUGCUCAAGAGGCUGGAGGUGGGACCCUUUGAGGAGGAUGUUCCAUUCAGCUCCACGGUGAUGGCCAAGUUCAACAAGACAUCCAUGGCGUCUGCUGCAGCGGUGGAGAGGAGCCUGGACAACAACCUCCUUCUGGUGAUGUGCAAUGGCAGGAUUAUUAGAGAUGAGCGUUGUCAUACAAGUGUGAAGAGUAGUCCGGUGCGGGACGGUAAAAGGACUGGCGACCACCAGAAGGAAGGGGUCCUGGUGAAGACCGAGCUCAAUGACAUCAAGCUGGAACAGCACCAAGACCACGAGAGAGAGGAGAAACCCAGCCCCCUCAGCAACUAUUUCGAAAGAGUGAAUUCCGAUCUCAGGAAAGGAGCCGUAGUGUACUCCGACAUUUCAGACUCUGAGUCCGAAGAACGUUGCUCUUUGCAGACAAAGGACUCCUCGGGGGAAGAUUCGGGGAGCUCCAAGGAGGAAAGGGAGGAUACGGAGCAUUGCAGGAUGGCGCGAGGCAGUGUGAAGGACCUACACCAGGCCAGCCAGGCCCUUUACCACUUUCACAAACUACUCAAAGGACAAUGCCCUAUCUCUCCAACCACAGAAGAGGAGGCUGUUGAGGGCAUGCUGUCCAUGGCAGGGCUGCUUUAUCCUCAGCGACCAGAGGAGAGCGGCACUGCCCAGGAGCCCUGGUGGUCCAGCCUGGCUUAUCAGUCCCCCGACAGUGGUGGAAAAGAGCCUGUGUCAGGGGAUGAUUCAGACAGCAACUCCACACUGACCUGUCAGGAUGAGCGGAGGGCACAGCAGCAUGUGCGUAAGGAGUGUCGAGCCGAGCUUAGCCAGAGGAUCCAGGAGAACAAGAACUUCAUGGCCAAUCAGAGCAGUGGGAGUGACAGUAACAGCAGCGAGGCCUGGGGUGACCAAAGCCCCUCUCAGGCUGCCUCUAGCCCCCUCCGCCUGGACCCCAGCUCAGGGACUGACCACCAGUACAGUGAGACUUCCCUGUCACCCCCCCGGCACCCCUUCAAGAGGCCCGCACCAAACACCCCACCCAUCAGUAAUCAAGCUACUAAAGGAAAACGUCCUAAGAAAGGUAUGGCCACCGCUAAGCAGAGACUAAGGAAGAUUCUCAAGCUGAGCAGGAACAACCACUUCUUGCUAUAGCACACAAGACCCUGAUGUCUACAGAAAUAACUUUGAGAAGGGACAAUUCGCCCCCCUGCCCAUAUACUCUUUCGGUUGUGACUCACAUUUUACAAGAAUCAUUGCUUGGAUGGAUUGACCUGACACAUUAAUGGCCACAUGCUUGAUGUGGAAGUAUUGGAUGGAGGGCUUUCAGAGUUAAUCAGUUAACCUGAGUUAAUUUUAGUGCGCUCAUUUUAUUACAUUUUUUGUGUGAUUAAUCGCAUUGUCUGAAAGCGUUCAAAAUAAACUGAAACAUACAUAAUCUAUACAGAUAAAAACAACGAUGCAAUGUCCAAACAAGUUGACAUUUAGGUUAAAGAAAGUGUGCUUUAUCAAUUUACCUGAUUUGGCUAACCAUUACUUUGGACAAAUUCAAGACUUCAAUAUUCUUGUAAUGCUUUUCAUAUAAAAAAAAUAUAAAAUUACAGCUCAAUUUGAGCAUAUUCUGAAUUUGUGAUUUAGUCAUGAUUAAUCACAGUAAAUCCUGGAAUUAACUCAAUUUAUUUUAUCGUUUGACAGCCCUAUAAUUGGAUAACAAGAUAAUGGAUUUACAGAAGAAAGCACACAGUUUCCCAUGGUGAAGUGAUGGUGCGCUGUAAAAAGAAAAAAGAAACUGCAUGGAUCCUCAGCAAUGACAUUGGAUUGUAUAUGAUCUGGCCAUCAAGAGCUAUACAGUAAAUAUUGCUUUGUUUCAGAAUUGAAGCACCGCAACAACACAGGAUUGUACAAAGACGCAUGACAUUGGGAAUUUAAAUGGCGUUUGAUAGAACAACAUUUGCAUCUGAGCCAUGUGCUGUCGUAUCUAUUUUGGCUGUUGCUUUUUACCUUAUGCUUGCACUAGCCCUUCCAACCAACACUAGUUAUUAUGCCACAACAAGCAAAUAUUGUUGUUUAAGCCAAGAAUGGCAAGUGAAGAGGCUGCUUUCUGCUACCAGAGUUUAUCACCACUCUUUGGGACAUUGUCAUGUGUUGGUUUGGUCUGACUUGAGAUCAAGAAUGACACUAUGGUGUUUGAACUCAUUUUAAAUGGUGCUGAAGUGCAUAUUCAUAUUAUCCUUUUGUCUACCCUCUUGUUACAAUCACCAGUGAUUGAAUUUGAGAGGGGGGUAUAUUUUGAUGCAGCACUCCAGGCACCUCAGCCUCGCAGUAUGUAAAAGCUAUCUGUCGCUAAUGCAUUAAGCCAUUCCAAGAAUACCUCUCCCAACGCAUUAAGUUUACUACUUCUGUUUACUGAAGGGGUUAUGAAUCCUCAUUGCUCUAUAGUUGGAUCACUGACCAUAUCAAAUGUGUUCCUUUGGUGCCACCUAUUGGUCAAAUGAGGGCAGGAGCUUGAAAGUGCUGUUAUUAUGAAAGGCUUUUGAAAUUGCAAAAAGAUAUCAAGUUGCAAAUGUACAGAAUGUAUUUUCAGAAAAUAUAAGUUAUUGUUAAUUUAUUUAAAUUUCUCUUUUGGUGUUUGUGUUUUAUUGUUUUUCUUUUGCUGGUAUUGAAUUAUGUAUUGUGAAAAAAGUUAAUGGCUUUAAUAUGACAAUCCUGUUACAAUGGUUAAUGUGACGGGUGUGUGAUUUAUUUUUUUAUAUUCGCAAACCGGUUGUAUUUGUUGCCUCUAUCACAUUUGUAUUGGGUGGAUUUAAGCAAAAAUCUACUAACAAGUGGACCUAAAUUAGAUUUGAAAUGUUUGGGAGAUCUUCUAGGUCUGCAAAGAUUGAUAUUAUCAAAGAAUAUUUGUCUUACUCGUUAGUAUGAAUUUGAUUUUUUAAUUUUUUAUAUAAAUGUGUCUUAAGUGAAACUGAUCAUUUUAUAAUUGUUCAAAGUGUAAUUAUGGCUACUAAUCUAGUUAUUGUAUGUUUAUUUUCCCUAUCACUAUAUCCUUUGCAUGAAAGACCUCAGUUGGAUUUUGAAUUGGUCUUUUUUUGUUGGUGAUAAUGCCAAAAAUGAAUGGGUGAAAUGAGAGAUUGCUCCUGUUGGUGUCUUUCUCAGGGACACAUUCUCUUUCUUAAAUGUUUUUAUUUUCCAUAAGCAACAUGAAAUGACCCAUCAUCGUUGACACUUUCUGAUCAUUGAUUUUAUUUACAUUAAAAAAAAGGUGCA